GUCUAGGCUGGUAAGAUGAAGUUCAUUGAGGCAGUUGGGCUGCUGCUGCUUCUGCAAAGUGCCCUCACAGCAAGUGCCACUACGCCAUCAGGGCCAAAAGAGGAGGAUGCUACUCUUCCACCCGUCCACUCAACUUCCCGACUUCUAGAGCCAAACAGUCACCUUGAGCCCUUUGCCAAUGUGACCGGCGCUUUGGAUGACCAUAGAGUGUGCCAGUGCUCAGUGUAUCUGCCAGAUACCGCAUUUCCUGUGCAGAGGAUGGAGAGGCUUGAAAUAAUAGCCCAGCAGCUCUCAAAGAAAUUUGACAGUGAACUUUCCAAAGUUAGCCAGUACACCAAAGAAAUUGAUGCGUAUGAAAAAAGGAUUCUGAACCUAAGCAUCAAGAUUGAGCACAUGGAGAAGACCAGUGUAUCUUACACUGAACUGGACUUCCAGCUGAUGAGACUGGAAAUCAGUGAAAUGGAGAAACUGGUCACUCAGUUGAAGUUGACACUAACUGGAAGCAAUGUGGUUGUUGAACAGUUGUAUGAAGAGAUUAAGAAUCUGAGUCUCAUGGUGAAUGAACUGGAAUCUCUGGACAAGCAUAAUGUCCUUGCAGUCCGCCGAGAAAUUGUGGCUCUACAGAGUAAAUUGCAGGAGUGUGAAGCAAAUAGAAACCAGAGUGCCACCAGCCACUACUUCCCACCUGGUUACUGUGGUCAUGGUGAAAUUGCGAACAUCAGUCAGCCCUACAUGAUUCAGCUGAACUGGAGAGGAUUUUCCUACAAAUAUGGUGCCUGGGGAAGAUAUUCCUCUCCCCUUGCCCCUGAAAAGGAGCUCUACUGGGUUGCACCACUGAAUCCUGAAGGAAGAUUCUUGGAAUAUUAUAGACUUCAUGGCUCCUAUGAUGAUUUAUUACUCUUCAAGUACUCAAAGGAGUAUAGAAUUCAAUACGGUGAGGGCAGCGGCACCGUUGUUUACAACAACUACAUGUAUUAUAAUGUAUAUAGUUCGAGAGAUAUGGGUAAGAUAGAUUUAAGCACAAACCAAAUGGUUCUGAGGAAAACUCUCUCAGGCGCCGUUUUCAACAAUCGCUUCUCAUAUGCGGGUAUAUCAUGGCAGGAUUUUGAUUUUGCGGUGGAUGAGAGUGGGAUGUGGGUCAUUUACUCCACAGAAGCCAGCACAGGGAACAUAGUGAUCAGCAAACUUAAUGAAACAUCUCUCGAGGUGCUCAGUACAUGGGAAACACGGCAGUACAAGCCAUCCGUGUCCAAUGCUUUCAUCGUAUGUGGGGUGCUGUAUGCCACAAGGCCUGUCAAUACACGGAAAGAGGAAAUCUUCUACAUUUUUGACACAAACACUGGAAAGGCAGGCAGAAUAAGCAUCAUUAUGGACAAAAUGCUCGAAACCGUUCAGAGUAUCAACUACUGCCCCAUUGACCGGAAAUUGUAUGUGUACAAUGAUGGCUACCUUCUUCGAUAUGAUCUGACUUUCAAGCCUCUUUCCCCACAAGUAUAG